AUGUACGCCUACCUCCGCCUUCGCUCGCAGAUUUCCCUCGAAGACCUCUGCGACGCUUUCGACGAGUACACAAACAGCGAGCGCUUUUACUUGAACGAGAUGGCGCAUCGGGCGUUGAAGACGGCGCAUUCGAAUGCGAGUGCGCCGGUGGUGAUGAGGGCGGGCGCGAGCGAGGCGGGGUUGAGGCGGAGGGAGGAGGAGAGGCCGUCGGUGGUGGGUGUGGAGGGGGCGGAGGGGGGGAAUGUCAAGGUUGUUGUGAGGGUGAGGAAGUUUAUUAAGAGAGAGCUCGAGAAGCGGUCGCCGUGUUUGGUCGAGAUGGUUCCGGAGACGCAACAGACGAUUUUGCAUCCGCCUGAGUUGACGGCUGAGGAGGUGAAGAAUAUGCGGAAGCAGUAUGAGACGAGGGACUUUACGUUCGACAAGUCGUUUUGGUCACAUAACGAGGCGGAUGCGCAUUAUGCGGAGCAACAGCAUGUGUAUGAGUCGUUUGGAGAGGAGUUUCUGGACCACAACUUUGACGGCUACCACACUUGUAUCUUUGCGUACGGACAGACGGGCUCGGGCAAAUCGUACACCAUGAUGGGGACACAAGAUCAGCCAGGACUCAUCCCACGGACAUGUCAAGGCUUGUUCGAGCGUAUCGAAGCGGAGCAGAACGGCAGUAUAACAUACAACGUCCACGUCUCCUACUUUGAGAUCUACAACGAGCACGUCAAGGACUUACUCACGCCUCGCACCACACCUCCAACAUACCUCAAGAUCCGCGAGAGCCCUUCGGAAGGCGUGUACGUCCAGAACUUGACCGACGAGCAAGUAAAAAGCUACGAAGACAUCGAGCGCCUCAUGAAGACCGGCGACCUCAACCGGACCACGGCCAGCACCAAGAUGAACGACACCUCCUCCCGCAGCCACGCAGUCUUCACCCUCACCCUCAAGCAAAUCCAGCACGACAUCGCCACCGACAGCACCAUCGAGCGCCUCGCCCGCAUGCGCCUCGUCGACCUCGCGGGCUCCGAACGCGCCAACCGCACCGAAGCCACCGGCCAACGCCUCCGCGAAGGCGGCAACAUCAACCAGUCCCUCACGACCCUCGGCCGCGUCAUCGCCGCCCUCGCUGAUCCAAAGCGCCAACAAGCACAAUCCAGGCCGAACAGCCGGCAAAACCAAUCCAAGCGCCGCGCCGAAGUCGUCCCCUACCGCGACUCCGUGCUCACCUACCUCCUCAAGUCCUCGCUCGGAGGCAACUCCAAAACCGCCAUGGUGGCCUGUAUCUCGCCGACCGACUACGAGGAAACGCUUAGCACGCUCCGCUACGCCGACCAAGCGAAACGCAUCCGUCUCACCGCCGUCGUCAACCAAGACGCCGUCAGCGCCGCAGAGCGCGACGCGAAGAUCAUGGAGAUGCAGGAGACGAUCAAGUGUCUCCAGCUCAGCGUCAACGCCGCCGCGACAAGGAAGCGGGACGAAGCGGAUCGCGCGAGGGACGAGAUGGAGGAUUAUCAGCGGCAGGUGGGCAAGAUGCAGCGGGCGAUGGAGGAGUCGCGGGCGGUGAGCGAUGUCAAGAUCCGUGCUCUUCAGAUGGAAGUCGAGGAGUUACGGCCGCAGAACGAGGCGCUGAAGUUGGAAAUUGAGGCGCUGAGACGGCAUUUAUCGCUUGCGGUCGGGGAGUUGAAGAAUCCGAUUGUGUUGCCGAAGGAGGUGGGUGGGGAGGAAGAUGGGAGUGAUAGUGGCUUUGACGACGACGAUUUUAGUGAUGCGGGCGGGCUUAAGUUUUAUGGUGAGGAGGGCUCGUUUGAGCAUGAGCAGUGGCAGAGGGAUGUGGAUGAGGUGUUGAAGGAUCUGGCGUUGUUUAAGAAGAAAGUGGCGGAUGAUCGGGAGAGGUUCCCACGGCCGUGGGAAGCGGUUCAGUGA